UUAUUCUACUAGUUAAAUCAUUUGUAAACUUUUUAGUGUUUUCCAUUCAUUUGCAUAUCACUAUAAAGUCCCUGAUAUUCUCACCACCUCCUCAGAUUAUUGUGACAAUGAGACAAAGUGAUAUAAAUGAAAGAACUUAAAGCAGCAGUGUGCGCCUGUCGGGGUGAUGUGGGAAACCUGAGCACCUGGUUCCUGUGAGAACCACCCCAGAGAAGGUGGAUGUUUCUAGACAAGUUUGACUCCCAAAUUUUACUUUGUUCACCUUAAUUCACUGGUUAGGUAGCUUCCCCGACUUCAGGGCCUAUUGCCCCUGCCAGUUUCCAUCCUCAGCAAUUCCAGUAUACUUUGGAUAAUGAUGUGCUAAGCCUGGAACAGAGAAAAUUUUAUGAAGAAAAUGGAUUUCUUGUUAUUAAAAAUCUAGUACCCGAUGCUGAUAUUCAACGCUUUAGGGUUGAAUUUGAAAAAAUCUGCAGAGAGGAGUCGAAACCAGUAGGACUGAUGGUAAUGAGAGAUGUGUCCAUUGCAAAAUCAGAAUAUACUCCAAGUGAGAAAACAAUCUCGAAGAUCCAAGAUUUUCAGGAAGAUAAGGAGCUCUUUAGAUUCUGCACUCUCCCAGAGGUUCUGAAGUAUGUGGAGUGCUUCACUGGACCCAAUAUCAUGGCGAUGCACACAAUGCUGAUUAACAAACCUCCAGAUACUGGCAAGAAGACUUCCCGGCACCCCUUGCACCAGGAUCUGCACUAUUUCCCCUUCAGGCCCAGCAAUCGCAUUGUUUGUGCUUGGACUGCCAUGGAGCACAUUGACCGGAACAACGGCUGUCUGGUUGUCCUCCCAGGCACCCAUAAAGGUUGCCUGAAGCCACAUGACUACCCCCAGUGGGAGGGUGGAGUUAACGCCAUGUUCCAUGGGAUCCAGGACUAUGACGAAGACCAUGCCCGAGUGCACCUUGUGAUGGAGAAGGGAGACACAGUUUUCUUUCAUCCUUUGCUCAUCCAUGGAUCUGGUCGGAACCAAACUCAAGGAUUCCGGAAAGCAAUUUCCUGCCAUUUUGCCAGUGCUGAUUGCCACUACAUCCAUGUGAAGGGCACUAGUCAAGAAAAUAUUAAGGAAGAAAUUUAUCAAUUCUACAUCAUGGAAAUUAGCAUAUACUAUUAGGUACACUUGCAUGAA